AUGGCCUUGAAGUAUGGAACGAAUCGUUUCAAUUUCAUACGUGGUUUCCUUGCAAGGAUUUCCCGUCCUUUCAUGGAGUUUCCUCAUGAUGUUCCUGGCUUAUUCACCUCAGGUGAUAGUCACUACGAUAUAGCAGAAUGGAGGACGAUCCUCUUGAGCAGCCAUAUUUCUUUGCAGUGCCUGCUUGAACGCAUGGUCUACUGCAAAUGCGACUCUGGCAAAGAACACGAAUUUUUAACCCUCCAUUUUCGUCAUUGGAGUCCCACGCAACCGCACGCCAUCACCAUCUUAGUGUUAGACCGCACGCCACGUACGGAUCCUACACAGAAUACCAAUGGCUCGUCAAGGCAGUUUAUGCAGUCAUCAGCCAUAGCCUCUCCAUCUGUUUCUCAAACCGCCGCCCGUGAUUCCAUCUUCACUACCCCAAACAAAGGUUCUGCCAUCCAACACCACUUAUCUACCAUACAUGGCCGGUAUAAGGAACUCUGUGACCUUGAAUUCACCGGCUCUGCACGCCCCUCAGCAAUACAUGUAUCCAUUCUCCUGUCAGCCGUCAGUGAGCAUGCUCCGAUCUACGAUUUGUACCAGUACCAAUGCUACUGGUAUGCUCACACGGUAUGGGAGGCCCUCAAACAGCUCUUCCCAGAUUGUCGUGAGACAAUGCGGCACAAGGGGCGCUCUCGUUAUCUCGUGUUCAACAUAGAGAAGGCAGACAGUGUGGAGGUGAUAUGCGAGGAGUAUCACUCCCAGUGGACGCGCAUGGAACACGAAGCAGAACAGAAGAGGCAAACAGAAGAAGCUAGAACACAGCAGUUCUUGUCCCUCCAGCUUCUGGAACGAGGCCGCGCAGACCGGCAACAUGAAAUCAAUGAACGCGACCGCCAAAUCAACGAACGCGACCACCAAAUCAAUGAACGCGACCGCCUAAUUGCGAAGAUGCAAGCUGAACUUGAUCUAUUGAAGACACAACCUGCAGCUUCGAAGGACACUGCAGACUCGCCAUCACCGUCAUUCUAA